UGGCUGUAGGGAGCGUCACACACUCUGCAGCCUCAGCCCGGGGCGAAGGAAAACAAAGGGGACCCCCAGAAUGGCAGCCGGGGGGCCGGGGGUGCUCCUAGCCGGGACCCUCCUUAUCCUCCUCUCCUGCCGGGGGCAGCGGGCAGACAGCGAGGGGGACUCCAGGGCGGAGGCCUGGCUGCGUCUGUAUGGGUACCUUCCUCAGACCAGCCGUCAGAUGUCCACCCUUCGAUCUGCACAGAUUCUGUCUGAUGCCAUCUCUGAGAUGCAGCAAUUCUAUGGGAUCCCGGUGACUGGAAAACUUGACCAAACCACCACAGAGUGGAUGCAGAAGCCUCGCUGUGGAGUUCCGGAUCAGAUUGGGACACAGUUGAAAUCAAAUAUGAGAAAGAAACGUUAUGCACACACAGGCCGCAAAUGGAGCCAACAGCAGCUGACAUUUAGUAUCCAGAACUUCUCAGAGAAAGUUGGAGCAGACAGCUCUGUGAAUGCGAUCCGCAAGGCAUUCCGCGUCUGGUCGAGUGCUACGCCUCUAACUUUUCAGGAAGUGCCUUAUGAGACUGUACGUGUGCGGCAAUCCAAAGCAGACAUUUUAAUCCUCUUUGCGUCUGGUUUCCAUGGAGACAGCUCUCCGUUUGAUGGUCCCGGUGGUUUCCUAGCACAUGCCUAUUUCCCAGGUCCAGGGAUGGGAGGUGAUGUACAUUUUGACUCAGACGAGCCCUGGACUGUGCAAAACAUGGAGCUGUCGGGUGAGAUUUCAGGGAAUCACCUGUUCCUGGUGGCCGUUCAUGAGCUGGGUCACUCUCUUGGGUUAGAGCAUUCCAGCAAUCCUACAGCCAUUAUGGCUCCUUUCUAUCAGUGGAUGGACACGGACGACUUCCAGCUGCCGGAAGACGACAGGCGUGGGAUACAGCAGCUGUAUGGACUCCCAGAAGAUGCUGUUCCUUUCACCCCAGCAACCUUGCCCCCUACUGAGAGCCCUGGUAAAAGGCCCCCGGAACCACCACCAAGAGGGAGACCAGACCAGCCACCUCGUAUUCCCACCCGACCUGACCAGUAUGGACCAAAUAUCUGUGAGGGCAAUUUUGACUCCGUAAGCGUCCUGCGCGGAGAAAUGUUUGUUUUCAAGGGCGGCUGGUUCUGGAGGGUACGGCAUAACCGAGUCCUAGAUAACUACCCAAUGCCAAUUGGCCACUUCUGGCGAGGUCUGCCUGCCAACAUCACUGCGGUCUAUGAGAGGCAUGAUGGGAAAUUCGUCUUCUUUAAAGGUGAGAAGUUCUGGCUCUUCAGAGAGGCUAAUCUGGAAAGCGGGUACCCCCAGCCACUCACCAGCUACGGAUAUGGCAUUCCUUAUGACCGAAUUGACUCUGCCAUCUGGUGGGAACCUACCGGUCAUACUUACCUCUUCCGUGGGGACAAGUACUGGCGAUUCAAUGAGGAGACUCGUUCUGCUGAUACAAGUUACCCCAAACCCAUUACUGUCUGGGCUGGGAUCCCCGACACCCCUAAAGGAGCCUUCCUGAGUACGGACGCAUCCUUCACUUACUUCUAUAAAGGAACCAGGUACUGGAAGUUUGAUAACCAGCGCCUGCAGACAGAACCGGGUUACCCAAAAUCUAUCCUGCGUGAUUUCAUGGGCUGCCAGGAGGAGGUGUACAAAGACCCAGACCCUGAUCCCCGCUGGCCAGACGUCAACCGCCCCCCAUUUAAUCCUGAUUUGGAGACCGACAAUAAAGAUAAAAAGGAUGCAGAAAGUGGUGGCCGUGAAGCCCCAGACACGACGGACAUUGUUGUCCACAUUGAUGAGUACACCAGGGCGAUCAGUGUUGCCAUGGUGAUUGUUCCACUUCUCCUCCUCCUGUGUAUUUUAGGGCUAAUAUACGUUAUUGUUCAGAUGCACCGUAAAGGACCCCCUAAAGCCUUCCGGUACUGCAAGCGCUCGUUACAGGAGUGGGUGUAAUGUCGUCCUGCCUCCACCACCUUGCUCUUAUUAUGACCCGUUCAGUUUUUUUUGUGGUGCUAACCAGGGGAAGGUGAGGUUCUGAAGAAUCCUCUUCAUCUCUUCCAUUCCACCCUUUGCAUUGAGAGCAUUUUCCCAAAGCCUGGCAUAGUGCCUCCCUUUUCUGAGAUUUAUCAGGAUCCCUGUAAGAGCCAUCGAUGACAUCCCAAGAGUUUGUGAAUAGUGGUGCCUUCUAGUAGUCCGCAGGUUAACCUUGCCUGCGUGUGUCCUUUGUAUACUGGUAACGAUGGUACAUUUCAGGAAAUGAAUGCCCUUAAUGUCGGUAGUGCCUGCACUGUGCAAAUACCUGGGGAAUGUUUAUCCCUGCACUGAGGAUGUAUAUUAUUUAUACCAUGCAUUUUGCACUGGAAAGAUUAGGGUAUAAGACUGUUCACGUUUCUUGCGCUCAUUGGGGGAUUAAUAUCAAUGCUGUCAGCUAUUACUGACUGUAGCAGAGCAUCUUACGAAAGCCUGAAGAAUCUGUGGCCGUUCUAGAAGACAAGAACGUGGUUAAUGGUUAUUGUAAAUCUCUCUAUAAUAGGAAGAAAGAGGCCGUAUGGUCACACAUCGGGCUCAUCCCAGUGAGUGCAACGAGAAUGGAUAGUGUUUCACGAAUCUCUUUAUGAUCAAAGUUCACUUGAAUGUUUG